AUGCAUUCGGCAACCGCACUCGUCAUCACCGCUAUCGCGAUAGCUACCGUCCAUGUCUCCGCGACUCGCUAUUGCCAGUGUGAGAAUGAACAAUACGGCCGCAUCUUCUCUGGGAUCAAUGAGGUCUGCAGUACUCUGAGCAACGACUGGUGUAGUACGAACUGCAACGUUGCCGCCAAAAAUUGCAACUACUGUCAAUUCAAACCCGCUGGCUACGGCAACGACGCUGACUACGAGUCAUUGAAAUCCUGGUGUUACAAACAGGAAGGCUACGACCUUCAAACCGAUAAGUAUUUUAAAGGUAGCAUCGUCUAUUGCUAUUCAGCCAAAAAUGCCAUUCCUCAGAGCUGGUACGACCCCAGCUGCGGACAUCAAAGCAAUGGCGAUUGGGACAAGACACCACAGCAACCAGCACCUCCUGCAGAGACCAACGUCACCCAAGUUCCACCCAGCAACUACUUGAUUGUCAACUAUUGGUUGAAGAAGGUGAACCGACUGGGCAGUCAUGAGUGCAAAGACAUCUAUAAAUCAGCCAUCAACAAGGUUGCCUCUGCAUUUCUCAGCCUUCAUCCCGACUGCGGCAAUGACACGCAACGUCCGGAUACCGAUAACAUCCGCUAUUUGGCCUGUCCAGUAUACACUUACCUCGAUCUAGAUCCUCGUAUAAUCCAGCUCAACGCAGAUCUUGACAAGGUAUGCUUGAAUGUUGCUGGUGGAGACGAAGGGGGAGAAGGUCCUGGAGCUCCCACUGCGGCAAUUGCGGGACCGGAGGAAACUGGGCUUUCCAAGGGCGCCGCGAAAGAGCAGGCCGUUAUAAUCGAUUUGUGA